CUGGCUAUCAAGAACAACAAACUACCACCGAGACCAAAGAUUGUUGAAGAUGAAAUAGAGGAAAAGUUCUUGAAAGGUGGUAGAGGGCCAGGUGGUCAGAAAAUCAACAAAACCAAUAGUAAAGUCCAAUUAAAGCAUAUUCCAACGGGUAUUGUGGUUACAUGUCAAGAAACUAGAAGUCAAGAUCAAAAUAGAAAAAGAGCUAGAGAGAUAUUAGCUGCAAACGUUCAACAUGCUUUAGAUCCAGAAAACAGUCGACAAACAAUCGUUCAAGAAUGGAAACAUAACAAAAGGGCAAGUAAAAAGAAGAAAUCUAGAAGAAAAUACAGGAAAUUAGAAGAAGAGAAGAAGAAAUUACAAGAACAA